AUGAGCAGCUUCUACAGAAGUGAUGUCGGCCGUACCAUUCGCGACUCCAAAGGCGAAGAUAAAUCAGCGAUGUCUGUGUUGGAGAGUGGUAAAGGCGCAAAGCGAGUGACGCAUCAGUCAGCAGUUAUCGGGAACAAGGCCUUCGACAAUACGCUGCAAAUCAACGGACACGUCGCAGAUAAGGUCAACAGCUAUUACAUAAAGUACGCUGUAUCUCGGGCAGAGAUCAAACCGUUGCUGAAAGCGAUGCGGAAGGUUCCAGUCAUAUCUAAAUUGACCGAGGAACCUGACGCCAUCUGUGUCAUCUCUCCGCGACAAGUCUACGACAACUUCAUCUCUUCUAAGGUCGUUGGUCGUCUUGGACUCACUACCCGCUCCGAUACUGUGAUGGUAAAGUCCAUCGUAUGGGACUCGAAGCGUUUCGUUUCUACCGGUGGCUUCGUGGAUCUUUCGUUUCCCGUGCCCGGUAGCGACGCUGGCGUCGGGCGACGUCUCUACGUUCUGGACGACCCGCCCUUUGACACGCUCCUCGCGAACCCUGCGACGCGCUUCCAUUCCGUAAGCAGUCAGAAGGCUCUGCUGAGAUAG